AUGACACAGGAGUGCAGUGCGAGUAGCAGUAAUGCAGGGGUCCGUCCGCCUCGUGGGAAGCCCUCAGAGGAGGAGAUCGCUCGGAUCCGCGCAGAGAGGAAGGCGAAACGAGAGGCCGCCGCUCUACAAGGUGCCAAGAGCGAUAUACCCGCAGAGCUGCGGUUUAUAGAGCGGCCGAUGCUCUCAGUGCAUCCGGAUGGUGCAAUUGGCGCCGAGGGGAAUCGAUUGCCCGUCACGCUCAUGACGUACAACUGUCUCGCGCAGGCGCUUAUUCGGCGGAAACUGUUCCCGGACAGCGGACCAGCGCUCAAGUGGUACAGGCGGUCGCAGGUGCUUCUGAACAAGUUCAAGCACUACGAGCCAGACGUGCUGUGUCUGCAGGAGGUCGAUGCAGUGCAGUGGCACAGUUUCUGGCGUGGGGAGUUCGAGAAGCUUGGAUACGCGGCACAGUUCCAUAAGAAACAGACUAAGAACCACGGUGUUGCCGUAGUGUGGCGCUCGAAGCUCUUCACCAUGGCCGACAAGAUGCUCAUCGACUUCGACAAGGAGCAGAGCGGAGAUGUGCCCCCAAGGACCACCACGAACAACGCGGGGCUCGUCAUCGCACUCAAGUUCACCGAGCAGGCUCUCACUGGGCACAGGGACACACCCCGCUCUGGGAUCCUCGUUGGGACCACACACUUGUUCUGGCACCCGUUCGGGACCUUCGAGCGUACUCGCCAGUGCUACGUCGUGUUGAACAAGAUGAAGGAGUUCAUGCACCGCGUCAACGUGCUCCAGAACGAGAACGACGGUAACAAUCAGCACUGGUUCCCCUUCUUCUGCGGUGACUUCAACUCUCAACCGUACGACGCCCCUUACUUGUCCAUGACCUCCAAACCGGUCAGCUACAGUGGUAGAGCCCGGACCGUCAUCGAGUGCAGCACCUCGUACACGUUCUCCAAGCAGAGGGACGGCGAGGACGCCGCCGCAGACGAGGAGGAGGAGGGCGGCAACAUCGAGAUUUUCGGUAAGGAUCAGCCGCACCACCCGGUCCCCGCGACCUUCGAGCCCAAUGCAGAGCAAUGCGCUCUGGUCCACCAGAUGGAGACCCUGCACAACUCGCUCGACAUGAGAGCCGUCUCGCUUUACUCCGUCGGGUAUCGGAACGUGCACCCGGAGAACGCAGGCGCAGACAACGCAAGAGGCGAGCCCGAGAUCUCCAAUUGGGCACACACAUGGAACGGGCUGCUAGACUACCUCUUCUACGUCGGGCACUGGGACUUCAAGGACCGCACUGGCGUUGAUACACUCGAGGAAUUCGAACAGGACUCGGGUGUCACAGUCAAGCGGCUGCUGCGCAUGCCCUCAAAGCAAGAGAUGCAACAGUUCGGACACGGACAGCCACACACGGGAGAGUACCCAAGUGACCACCUCGCCAUGGUCUGCGACCUCGAACUCGCCUUGUAA